AUGUACAAUCUGACAGCUGCAUUACGACCUCAUGGUGCUUCAUUGGGACCAGUAUAAAAGGAGGAAGGCCAUCUCCCGACCCUUGAGUUCGAAGUCAAGAUCAGCGAAGAUGAUUGCCACAACGGUGUGUUUCUACUUGGUGGUCUUGGCCAUUCUCAUGGCCUUCCUGUCUCCCACAGCAGAUGGUUGCUUCAUCCUGCUUGCGUGCCUGUUGAAGUCACCCCUCUGUCCGUUCAACACCACAUCAUCUGGAUGAUAGAGUGCAUUUUUUUGUUGCCCCUUGCCGCGCCCGAUAAAUACGACUAUGCAUUAAAAAAUAUAUUUACUAAAAUAUAACUAACUUUUCAAUUUCGUUGAC